AUGACAUACCUCGCGGCGUUCGGGCGACAUGCCUCCAGUUUCAUCGGUGUUACCCUGCUCACCUCACUUGCAUUCCAAAAUCUCCUCCACCGACGUAUCAGUGCUGCAGAGCGAGAUCGCCUUACCGCACAUCAAACAAUUCUCGAAUCCUUAGUAAAGAGGCUUAGAGAAGGCGAAGAUCUUAGCAAGAGUGAGAUAGUGAGAUUGGUCAGACUUGCAAGGGGUGGGGGGGAGGAAGGCGGAGGUAUCGAAAAUACCCCUUGGAAGGAAGUUGUAUUUGGGAAACGACUGAGAGAGGUUAAGGAGAUAGAAGGGAAAGCUUUAGAGGAAUGGAAUACAGCCAUCGCCCAGGCCGAGCAACCUGCAAAACCCCGACAUCCGGUGCCAGCGCCUACACCAUCAAAUCCAACCCCUUUGAGUCAUGCAUUAGCCCCAGCACCGAAGAAGCCAACUUUCUUUGCUCGUCUAGACAACAAAGACAAGUCGCGCGAUGAUCCUUCGGUUAUCAAAACACGUCUCACGGCUGUUACUGCGAGCACAGCCUGCAGUUUGCUCGCGGUGGUGGCCAUCGUAUGGAAGACAGAGGCGUCCCUGUCUCCAUUGACCGAGGAACUGGUUUUUCGCUCCUGCAUUGUGGGAGCCGCAAAGUUGGCGGGUAUAGGGCACAAAAAGAUCAUUUUCUUGACCCCAUUAUGGUUUGGCCUGGCCCACAUACAUCACGGGCAUGAACAGUACAAUCGGCUUGGGAGGACUAGGAAGGCUCUGCAAAGGACUCUGGUCAUAGCGACUGUCCAACUCGGAUAUACGACAUUGUUUGGGUGGUAUGCAUCUUUCUUGUUCCUCCGCACCGGCUCAGUGAUCACGCCCACGCUUGCUCAUGCGUUUUGUAACGUCAUGGGUAUGCCUACAGUACAAGACGAUGUUCGCCAACACCCAAAUCACAAACUUCUGAUUUGGCUCACACAUGCAGUUGGUAUUGUGGGGUUCGGCUUUGCACUCGGACCAUGGACACGUGCUGCUGAAUGA